CGGCGGUGAGAGCGCCGAAUCCUAACCACUAGACCACCAGGGAGCGUGCUUCCUCACAGAGAAAUACGCAUUAAGAAAUCAAAAAUUCUGUUAUCUCUCGACAUUUAAUAUUUGGAAGAUAAUAUCGCCAUUUCAAAUCUGAAGACGCCAAAAGUCCAGCCUGUUAUUAUGUUAUUGUAAGACCGAACCAAAUAAUUAUUCAUAGUCUACGAGUUCCCCUGAGUUAAAACCCUGUUGCUAGUCACAAACACAACUUAGACGAACGUAUCGCCUUCAGUCUACAGUCUGUGCUGUGAAGGCCUACUAGCACACUCCAGUAUUCUCCUGUGUUAUGAGACUGUAGAUUGGCUUGGCCCGCUCAGUAAAGACAAUCACGUGUUAAAUACAUUGUUUCUGUCCUCCUUUACGCCAAGAAAUGACCAUUAAAGUCCGGAUGUUUAACGACAGGACCUCUCAGACUGGAAGGACUCAUUGUAGAUUGAGUCAUUUUCAUUUUAAACUUCUGAUUCAGUCUGUCAGCAGCACACGAUUAGCCAGACUCUUCAAUUCAGAACCUGAUGUCAAGUCUGAUGACCACCAGCAAACUUAGUUUAAUGACUUAUCCAAGCCUGAUAUAUACCAUGGCAUUAAAAGGAAUUGAUUUCAUAGAGGUUUAAAUAGAAGCAAAACCUCACAACAAGACACUUGAGGUUCAGGUCAAGCUUAACUUCAUAAUUCCUGUAAAAGCAAUUAAAAAAAUCACACUUUUACUCUGACUUUUACACUGGCCAAGUUAAAGAGAGACAAACUUUGUUUUUUAAAUUUGUCAGGGAAUUUUAAAAUGUGCGUAAUAUCUGUUCCUGGUCUUCAAUUUCUUUUUACCUUUUACCAUUCACCUGAAUACAUCAACUUUUUGACCACUUUAGUUUUGCCUGCUGAAUUCUCUUGAAUCUGUGUCAAUCCCACACCAUAAUUAAAGGAGGCUAUCUCUUCCAGGGUCACCAAAGGAGUCGCUUAUGCUGCGUCUCAGCUGUUGGCCUGUAAGCUUAUGGUAAAAGAUGCACAACUCAUUCCAGCUACACCAGCUCUCACGUCACACCUAAUAAUACACACUGACAACAGGCAGAGUGGAACAGAGGGUAGGGGCGCUGACUGACUCACUGGGUCUGAAUUAGGACUAUAUAUAACAGGACCCUGUCUUGGACACAAAAAGACACAAGAAAACAAACAGCAAAUCCUUCAGACGUGUUUGGAGAAUCAAGACACAGACUUGAACAAUCAUGUCCCAGGUAGACUACAUCAGCUAAAAUAUCUUAUUGGGCGUGAUGGAGUUUUAACACCCUUUAGUUUGUUUAUUUUUCUCCUCUGUGAUGAGUAAUCCUCCCUAUCCAAUGCUCUUCUCUUCAGCCAGGAGAAGUGAAGAAGAAGAAGCGUCCCCCAAUGAAGGAGGAGGACUUGAAAGGAGCUCGCAGUAAACUGGGACUGAAGGGCGAGGUCAAGAGUAAGACCUAUGAAGUCAUGGCGGAGUGUGGUGAGUAAAGCCUUUUAUUACUGUUUUUCUUCUGACUCCGAAACACAAACAAAGUGUGUAAAACAUAUCUUCAUUUUCUGUUAUUUCUGCACCUAUAAACCAAAUGCUGAAAAAUCCACAGCUGUAUUCUUCAGGGUUGUUCUUGCUUAUAUUCCUUUACUUCACUUUUCUAACUCACACCCAAGUCAAGUCAAGUCAAAUGUUCUUAAUCAAGAACUUCCCCUAAAGCACUCUGAUACUGAAUGAUUUUCAAGUGUAUUGUGUCGAAAUAGAUAAACAAUGACCAGUUGAAUAAUUGACAGGGAUCGUGUGUGCCCAAAAGCUGUGCUUACUGUAAAAAUUAAUACAUGAAGAUCAGCUUUUAUGUACUCUCGUCUGCAUUCUGAUUUGCAGAGGCUGCUUAAGACCCCCAAAGGGAAAUCCUUAAUGUUUCAUGGUCACCUAUUUGUUACUGUUAUGAAACAUUUAUGUGCUUUUUUUGUGUGUGUCUUUUUUAGAGCGAAUGGGCAAAACAGCUCCGUCUGUGUUCAGUAAUGUGAGGUCGGGGGCAGAGACGGCCCUGAGUAAGCCUGCUGACUCCAAAGCUCCUGGUGGAAGUGUGUUCGGCAAAUAGACACACUGCAGGAAGAAACAACACAUACUUAAGUCUUCAGUGAAAGAAAAACAGACUGAUUUAUAUCAAAAGCAAAGUUUUAGAUCCAUAGAUGGGCUGGGUUUGUGCCAUCAUUGUAGGUUGACAUUACAGCUAAACGAGGAGUUAUUUUAUUAUCUCAGCUGCACAGACUUGAAUGUUGUCUUAGGUUUGGAUUGUAUAGAAGUUAAAUUAUAAAUGAAUAGAGACUUUUAUUUGUCUGAUCUGAAAAAAAUGGUUUAAUCGUGUGAUGCUUUUCUUUUUUUGUACAUUUUUUGAAUAAAUUAAUGAAUUUCCAUUACCCUUAA